AUGCUCUCUUCUCUGCGGGUAGCCGGCCGCUCGGCCGUGACACGUGAGGCUGGAAAGCGCUUCUUCGUUGCUGGAGCUCGCCAGGCCUCGACAUGGGGAGCAGUGCCCCAGGGACCGCCGGACGCGAUUCUGGGCAUCACGGAAGCCUUCAAGGCGGACUCGUUCAAGGAGAAGAUCAACCUCGGCGUAGGAGCUUACCGAGACGACCAGGGAAAGCCAUACGUGCUUCCCUCCGUCAAGGCCGCUGAGGCCAAAGUCGUCGGCGCCAGCCUCGACAAGGAGUACGCCGGCAUCACCGGUAUCCCGGCCUUCACCAAGUCUGCUGCAGAGCUUGCGUACGGCAAGGACAGCGCGGCCAUCAAGGACGGGCGCGUGGCCAUCACCCAGACCAUCUCCGGCACCGGUGCCCUGCGAGUCGCCGCCGCGUUUCUCGAGCGUUUCUACCCUGCCGGCAAGAAGAUCUAUAUCCCCACGCCCAGCUGGGCCAACCAUGGCGCCGUCUUCAAGGACGCCGGCCUCGAGGUCGAGAAGUACAGAUACUACAACAAGGAGACCAUCGGAUUGGACUUUGAGGGCCUCAUCGCUGACAUGAAGGCUGCACCGGAGAAGAGCGUCUUCCUCCUGCACGCCUGUGCCCAUAACCCAACUGGAAUCGACCCUACCCAGACCCAAUGGCGUGAGAUCGCCGAGGUGAUGAAGAGUAAGGGCCACUUUGCCUUCUUCGACAUGGCCUACCAGGGCUUCGCUAGCGGAGACAUCAACAAGGACGCCUAUGCUCUUCGCUACUUUGUCGAGCAGGGCAUGUCUCUCCUUCUCUGCCAGAGCUUCGCCAAAAACAUGGGUCUGUACGGUGAGCGUGUCGGCGCAUUCUCCGUUGCCUGUGAGUCCGUCGAGGAGAAGAAGCGCGUUGACUCGCAGAUCAAGAUCCUCGUCCGCCCGCUCUACUCUAACCCCCCCGUCCACGGUGCUCGCAUCGCCUCUACCAUCAUGAACGACCCCGAGCUCAACAAGCAGUGGCUCGGCGAGCUCAAGAGCAUGGCCGACCGCAUCAUCGAGAUGAGAGCCCUGCUCAAGGAUAACCUCGAGAAGCUCGGAAGCAAGCAUGACUGGAGCCACAUCACCUCCCAGAUUGGAAUGUUCGCAUACACCGGUCUCAAGCCAGAGCAGAUGGAGAAACUGGCCAAGGAGCACUCCGUCUACGCUACCAAGGACGGCCGUAUCUCUGUUGCCGGCAUCACCUCCGCCAACGUCAAGCGCCUUGCCGAGUCCAUCUACAAGGUCACCGGCUAG